AAGCAUUAUAAUGUCUCAGGUUUCAGUAGAGUACAGGAAUGAGCUUAAGGAAUGUUUUGUGUUCUGUUCGUCCAGCUGUUCAUAGCCGUCAACGUCAAUGAGAAGGCUCAUCCACUUCACGUCCCUGACGUCAUAUCUAUUUAUACCCUGUGAUAACAGAAAGACCGAGAUAGCAUCAAGGAGAGGAUAACACAGGGAUAUAUAAAGGGCGCAGAGACACAGAAGAGUGCAACAAGUAAACAGCCAGCUUGCUGCUAGUCAGGAUCGUACGGAUAUACGACAUGUCUCAGCCAGGAGAGGUGAAGAAGAAGAAGCGUCCGCCGAUGAAGGAGGAGGACCUGAAAGGGGCUCGCAGUAAGCUGGGCCUGAAGGGAGAGGUGAAGAGUAAAACAUAUGAAGUCAUGGUGGAGUGUGAACGUAUGGGCAAGACAGCUCCAUCAGUGUUUAGCGGAUUGCGUACCGGAACAGAGACGGCACUGGACAAACCCAAAGCUCCAUCAGGAAGUGUCUUCGGCAAGUGAUGAGAUCAAAGAAACCAUCUGCAGAAAAGGGAAAGAUGUGUGGCAGCCCACUGUGGCCCAGUACUUUAAGAACCAUCUGCAAGAAAAAAGGGCUGGUGUCUAGAUAUUAAUUGACUGAACUGGAAUUUGGAAUGGCAUAUAUCUUAUUUCUAAAUGUUGAAUUACUUUUUGUAUAAUUUAUGUUUUCUUGACAGAUACACAGGUGUUUGGUUAAUUCUUUAAUUCUCAUUUGAAGUCUUCCUACAUUUUAUAUAUUAAAACAGUAAUGAAAAUGUU